AACUAAACGGUCCGGGUGCAUUGUUUACUUUAAUAAAUGAUUCGACAGACUUAAUCAUCAGAUAAUUUGAUAGAUUUAGAACUUUAGAACAGGAUAAAUAGAAAACUGCAAAACAAGAUGGGUAACUAUUAUUCCAAGAGUAUGAAAGAUCCUUUGAUGUCAGAAAAAUGUCGGAGUGCAAGAGAAAAAAUAAAGGUCUCACGUGAGAAAUUCUUGUUGGCUUUGAACGAAGAAUGUGAUGAAAGCGCUGAUGAUAUAGAUGAGGAUUACAAGUCAUUCCCGCAUCAUGAUGACGCAGAUUGUAGCGAGAUUGAUCCAUCACAAUAUAAUUUUCCUUUUGAAAAUCUGGUACUAGAAGGAGGAGGAGUCAAGGGUAUUGUUUACGGUGGACUUGGAAGGGUGCUUGAAGAACAUGGAAUUUUAAAACAGAUUCGCAGAUUUGCUGGCGCCAGCGCAGGGUCGAUCUGUGUUGCAUUGUACGCUGUCGGAUUCAAUUCAUAUGAUGUUGAGAAAAUCAUGAGGAUUAACCUAGAACCAAUCAUUUGUGAUGCGCCCUAUGGUUUCUUUAGUAUGAUCCCAAACAUUAUGUCAAAAUAUGGCUGGCAUCCAGGAGCCAAACUUAUAGAUUUUUUGGGGAAAAUUUUCUCAAUGCGGACAGGUGACCCAGAUAUAACAUUCGCUGAGGUAUAUAAGAGAUUUGGUAAUGAAUUGUGUAUCAUUAUUACAAACGUCAAUACUAUGUCAGAAGAAUAUUGUCAUGUAAAAACAACACCAGAUAUGCCUGUUCGAUUGGCAGUGCGCAUGUCAAUGUCUAUUCCAGGUUUGUUUCAAAGUGUACAAAGUAAAAUGUAUAGCAACACAAAUACAUACGUAGAUGGUGGACUUAUUUGUAACUAUCCUAUCCAUUGUUUUGAUGGAUGGUGGCUUUCGAUGGAUCCAAAAGAUAGUUUCUUAAAAAAAAUUCAGCCAAUCCGUGAUAUAGCAUCUCUGAUGGAUAGAAAAAACAGGUUUCAAAAUGGAACAGAAUCCAAAAAAACUCUUGGAAGUAUUAUUUUUUCUUUUGACGAGCCAGAAUAUCAUAAGGAUUUGAUAAUGAAUAAAUCUGGCGUUCCAAUGGAAAAGUUACCAAACACGAAAUUAGCAAGACAUUGGGCAAAAACUGAACAAGGACAGAGUAAGAUAAACAAGGUAUAUAAAGACGUAUGUGAAGCUGCGAAGGAGUUCAUCAAUGUAAGUUUUCAUUAA